AGGAAUCACUUUUCACAAAAUCGGUGCAGGCUGCAAAGUACAUACAGUGAUACAGAUGGCAUUCGGUUGGCUUCUCAACUUCGCGAACACGAUAUUUGUGGAGCACUGGUCUUCCGAGCGGGCGGUGAAGGAGCGCGAGUGCGGCGCGGCGGUGGAAUUCGGAAAACAACAGGCUGGUGAUGGAGAAUCGUCGACGUUUAAGAUGCCGGUGCACUAUCCGAGGUAUGUGAAAUCUGAUUACGAGAAGAUGGAGGAAUGGAGGCUUGAUGUGCUUCUCCAGCAGUAUGGAGUGAGUUUCAGUGGUAGUUUGGAGGAGAAGAGGCGGUUCGCCAUGGGCGCCUUUUUGUGGCCGGAUCAGUUUUGAUACUCUCUCUAGGGUAUAGACCAUAGACUAUAGAGUAUGUGUGUCAGUGGUGUGUGUAUGACUAUGCCUUCCCAUAAGGUACUUGACCUUGGGGUGCUUAUUAUUAUUAUUAUUUUUUAUCGAAAGACCUCUGUGUUAUUAUUAGUAUUAUAUUCAAUAGAUUGGAGUUAUUCAUUCCUCA